CUCACGCUACACCAGAUCCAGCAAAAGAACAUGUCCUCUUUCUCUCUCUAGAAUAAAGAAGGAGAGAAGAGAGAGAAAGAGCGAGAGACCACGAUGCCACCACCGAUCCACACCCCCAUGGCCUUCUCCUCCCUUUCUCUCUCUAAAAUGACCUUCCCUCCCUUUCUCUCUCUAAAAUGACCUCUCCCCUUUAACCGCUGCAACUCUUUCCGGCCAAUUUCCCGCCAAAACCUGUCGAUCCGGCAAUGUCGAGUGCGACUCCAGCCACCGAUCACCUCUUCUCUAAAAUGGACCAGAAAUCGAUGGCCUGCGAUCGCUCUAAGCCCAAAAGUGGCCGCUCAGCCGGUUGCAACCCUGUGCGUAAGCCUGGUCCAGUGACUAUGGAUCAUGUUCUUUUAGCUUCUAGAGAGACCAAAGAAGAGAGAGAAAUGAGGCUUCGGAGUUUGUUCAAUUUCUUUGAUUCUCAGAACACCGGGUAUUUGGAUUAUGCUCAGAUCGAAGCAGGCCUUAUGGCUCUGCAAAUUCCAGCUGAAUAUAAGUAUGCUAAGGAUCUUCUUAGGGUUUGUGAUAUGAAUAGAGAUGGGAGAGUGGAUUAUCAAGAGUUUAGGAGAUACAUGGAUGAUAAGGAGCUUGAGCUUUAUAGGAUUUUUCAGGCCAUUGACGUAGAGCAUAAUGGUUGCAUUUUACCAGAGGAGUUAUUAGAUGCUCUUCUUAAGGCAGGCAUUGAAAUUGAUGAUGAAGAACUAGCUCGUUUUGUAGAACAUGUGGACAAGGAUAAUAAUGGUAUAAUUACUUUUGAAGAAUGGAGAGAUUUCCUUCUACUGUAUCCUCAUGAGGCAACUAUUGAAAACAUAUAUCAGUAUUGGGAAAGAGUUUGUCUUGUAGAUAUUGGAGAACAGGCAGUUAUACCAGAAGGAAUCAGUAAGCAUGUGCAUGCAAGCAAAUACCUGAUUGCUGGUGGGGUAGCCGGAGCGACUUCACGUACAGCAACUGCACCACUAGAUCGUAUAAAAGUAAAGUUGCAAGUACAAACGACUCGUGCUCAUCUAAUGCCUGCCAUAAAGGAUAUUUGGAGAGAAGGUCGUUUCUUGGGCUUUUUUAGAGGAAAUGGCAUCAAUGUCUUGAAAGUUGCACCUGAAAGUGCAAUCAAGUUUUACGCUUAUGAAAUGUUGAAGACUUUUGUGGUCAAUGCUAGAGGUGAAAAUAAGAGUGAUAUUGGUACAGCAGGUCGCCUUUUUUCUGGUGGAUUGGCAGGUGCUGUGGCCCAAACUGCAAUUUACCCUAUGGAUCUUGUGAAAACAAGGCUACAGACAUGUGCUUGUGAAAAUGGAAAACCUCCCAAAUUAGGAGCGUUGUCAAGAGAUAUAUGGGUUCAUGAGGGGCCUCGAGCAUUUUAUAGAGGUCUCUUUCCAUCCCUGCUCGGGAUUAUCCCUUAUGCAGGCAUCGAUCUUGCUGCAUAUGAGACCUUGAAAGAUCUGUCAAGAAUCCAUCUUCUUCACGAUAGUGAGCCUGGUCCUCUUGUGCAACUUGGUUGUGGAACAAUAUCAGGAGCCCUGGGAGCUACAUGCGUUUAUCCCUUGCAGGUUAUACGAACAAGAAUGCAAGCUCAAUACACAAAAACAACAGAGGGUUAUAAGGGAAUGUCUGAUGUAUUUUGGAGAACCCUCAAACAUGAAGGCAUUUCUGGAUUUUACAAGGGUAUCUUUCCAAAUAUGCUCAAAGUGGUGCCCUCUGCUAGCAUCACUUAUCUAGUGUAUGAGUCUAUGAAGAAGAACCUUGAUCUCGAAUAAAGACAUGUGGUGUUUACAUUCUGAUAAGGUGUCAAUGCUGAUGAUGAUGAAAAUAAGACAAGUUAUGGACUAGAGCACAUAAUUCCUUCAAACGUUCGUUAGACAGUUAGAUUUUCCAUUCCAGCUGGCCAUCAUCAAAACUCAUAAAUUCAAAUGUUUCUUCAGUUCUUUUAGGUGAAUAAGAAAUUGACAACUUGGGAGGGUUAUCUUGAAAGCUAACUAUCUUAAGUCAGAUGAUGGCCUUUCUGGAGUCGGACUAACGGAUGAAAUUGGUUCGUCCAAAGGAAAUAUGAAACAUUUUACUUAAAAUCUGUAUGUAAUUCUGUGGGAAUAGAUUCUGAAAAGAUUAGAUAUUGAUUUUAUACUAGGUGCAUUCUAUUGGCCAUGACUGGAAAAGGGCGGUCUCUUUUACUACUGAGCGACUAGUUUCAAUGAGCACUUCGGAAGGAUACAAUUUUGUAUUUGACUUUUUCCUUUCUGGAUCUUGGUGUAGCCCUGACCUAAUUGAUUUAUGGCAUGGUUCUAUAGGUUAUUCGGAUA